AUGGCUGUGCUUUACGAAAAAGUUGCAAUAGUAAAGAGACCCUGCUAUUUACCUUGCCCCCGCCCUCCUGCUCUUCCUCCUCCUCUGGCACGAAGAAGCUCCCAGCUGCUGAUCCUGCCUCUGAAAUUUGAAGACCGGAGACACUCAGGCUUCGUGUGUCUUGCGCAGACAAAUCAGAGAACCAGACGGCAGUACAGAGAAGCACCACUUCUUGGAGCAGAAGCCCAAGGAGUGGUUGAGUCUACUGCCUUGGUCGUUUGGUUGAGAAGACAAAUUAGCCAGAAAGCAUUUUUGUUCACUGACACCCAGCAGGUGGUGGAGUUUGUGAAAUCCAGGCCCUUGGUCAUCGUUGGCUUCUUUCAGGAUUUAGAGGAAGAAGUAGCGGAGUUGUUCUACGAUGUGAUCAAAGACUUCCCAGAGCUAACAUUUGGAGUGACAUCAAUUAGCAAUGCCAUUGGGCGUUUCCACGUCCCCCUGGACAGUGUUCUGGUGUUCAAAAAGGGAAAAAUUGUGAAACGCCAGGAGCUUAUUUAUGACAGUACCAACAAACAAGUCCUCAGUCAAGUCAUAAAAGAGCACCUCACAGAUUUUGUUAUUGAAUACAACAUGGAGAAUAAGGAUCUGAUUUACGAAUUGAACAUCCUGAACCACAUGCUGCUCUUCAUCUCCAAAAGCUCCAAGUCAUUUGAUACGAUAAUGCAGCAUUGUAAGUUGGCAUUGAAGGAAUUCCAAAACAAGAUCCUUUUCAUCCUUGUGGAUGCAGAUGAACCCAGAAACAGACAUGUCUUCAAACACUUCCGGAUCGCAGAGGUCAACAUCCCGUCUGUUCAGAUCCUAAACUUAAGCUCUGAUGCGAGAUACAAAAUGCCCUCUGAGGAGAUAACCUACAAAAACCUCAAGAAAUUCGGCCACAGCUUCCUGAAUAAAAGUGCCAAGAACCAUCAAUCCAGUGAAGAGAUUCCAAAAUAUUGGGACCAGGGGCCAGUUAAGCAGCUUGUUGGGAAGAACUUCAAUGUCGUCGUCUUUGACAAGGAGAGGGAUGUAUUUGUGAUGUUCUAUGCACCCUGGUCUGAAAAGUGCAGGGCGCUGUUCCCAAUGUUGGAGGAGUUGGGCAGAAAAUAUCAAAACCACCCCACAGUCACCAUCGCCAAGAUCGACAUCACGGCAAAUGAUAUUCAGCUGAUGAACCUGGACCGGUACCCCUUCUUCAGGCUCUUACCCACCGACUCUCAACAAGCUGUACCGUAUAAGGGAGAACACACCAUGAAGGGCUUUUCAGACUUCCCGGAAAGUCAAAUCAAGACCAGGCUUGAAGAUGAAGGUGAGUUAUUGUCUAUUGAACAAAGUGAAGUGAUAGAAGAGGAGGUAUUAGCUGAGGAAGAAGAGGUACCUUUUAUGCAGAAAGAGUUACCUGAGCAGAAGCUGCCUGAGCUGGAGAACGGGACCAAGCUGGAAGAGCCAGCCGGGCAGAAGGAAACAGCUCAGAAGGAGGAAAAGGUGGCUAAGCCAAAAGGACCUCCAAGACAAGAAAAGAAACCACGAGUCAAGGAAGAACUGUAG